AGAGCGUAUAAAGCUGCAAGCUGGCUAAUGAGCUCGUUCUCUUGGAGCAAGCGGGGAAGCAGAGGAGUGGCAGGGGGUGCUGGGUUCCUAAGGUGCAAGGAUGCAGAACAGAAGUGGCCUCCUUCUCUGUGUUCUUGCCCUCCUGAUGGGUUUCCUGAUGGUCUGCCUGGGGGCCUUCUUCAUUUCCUGGAGCUCCAUAUUCAGCUGUCAGGAGAGCCUGAUUAUGGCCUAUUUGCUCCUGCCUCUGGGGUUUGUGAUCCUUCUGAGUGGAAUUUUCUGGAGCAACUACCGCCAGGUGACUGAAAGCAAAGAAGUGUUCAGGCAUGUGCUGGGACAACACCUGGCUCAUGGGGCCCUGCCCCUGGCCACCGUGGACAGGCCAGACUUUUACCCUCCAGCAUAUGAAGAGAGACUUGAGGGGGAAAAGCAGAGCUGUGCUUCAGAGAGAGAGGCCUCUGGCAUUCCUCCACCUCCGUAUACAGAGACGGGCCUGGAAUUCCAGGAUGGAAAUUACUCCUACUCAGAGGCCCCACCAUCUUACAGAGAGUCCAUAGCUGGCCUGGUGGUAACAGCAACUUCAGAGGAUGCCCAGAGACGAGACCAAGAGUGCUGAGGCAGAGGAAGCUCUCCAGCACUCCUGACACCUCCGCUGUGGGUAGCAGCUACUGAUAACAAAGGCAAACCAGGGACUGUGGGAGGAAAAGCCAUGUCAGGAACCCCUCAUGAGGGCUUACAGAGGACAUGACAGCCCUGAAUUACAGAUGUAAUUGGCCAUGCCAGGGGCCCUGGAAGGGUGUGGCCAACACCAAGCAGACAUUUCAGAGGAUUCACACUACUCCUAACCUCGGUAGGCCUUGGGCCCCCAAAGGUGUUACUCUGAGGGCUCUGCUUACAGAGAAUCUUUCUGCUCUCACUCAAUUUCCCUCCCAUCACCUCAGCUCCAGACAGGGAGGAAUUGAUGCUGGCUGUCAGGACAGCCACAUGCCUUCCUGUACUAUAUCACCUAAUAAUCUCAAAGGGAAGGUUUGUUGUUUACUUUAUUGAUUGUUCAGUCUUUCGUUUUGUUAGCUUGUUUCCUAGUUACCUCCAGCUGACUCCUGAGCGAGGCAGUACUUCACAUCCUGGGAGAUGCGCCCUUGGAACCCAUGAAUGUUAUUUUGUAUUAUUUUAUUUUCAUGAUGUGUUUUUUUUCUAUCAAAAAGGAAAAUGAAUGUAAUAUUUGCCUUCAAGAUGGUUCAAACACAAAAUGUUAAAUGAGUUGUUUUUUAAAA